GCGAGAUCCAGCCCAGAGACACAAAGACAGUCCUGGCACUGGAGCCGAGACAGCGAAAGACAGAGACAGACAGACAACCCCAGCUGUUCCGGAAUAACAGAGACAGAGAGAGAAACUCAGCAUGGACUCAGCGAACGUCUACUGCACAGAGACUGCAAGGUGAGCGCCACGGGAGUGAAGCCACGAUGUCGCAGAGCGUGAUCAGGAAGGCUCAGCCCUUCACCAUUGGAACCAGACUGUCUCUGCCCAAAUGCCCCGAAUUUGCCCCCGGUGGCCCCGGAGCCGCGGACAGCUGCCCUCCGCCCCUCAAUGAACGUGUUUCUCAGUACUUGGCCCACGCUCGCCCACCGCCCCGUGGCUUCUCUCCUCACAGACGGACCCUGCGCCCUGACAGCCCCACGGAGGGUAUUACUGAAGACCACGGGCUGGGCCAGGCGUGUCUCGCACGCGCCAUCAAAAAGAUUACCCUGUCCGUGCCCGGUGACCGGGGAGGAAAAGCGGACCCCGGGGUCUUGGCCCUAAAAUCUCAGGGGAACUUCAAUAAUAACAAUAGUCGGCCCUUGCGGGAUGCCGUGGCACGUAACUGGGUGCCGUGUAUCAGCGCACCACCACGGAGCUGGGCGCCGGGGAUCGGCGGACCACCAGGUAACCGGGUGCCGGGAGACGCGGUCCAGGUUAUCAGCGCCCCCCCCGGUAAUCGAGGAGUGGGAGAUGUUAAUUCGGAAAGUGGAGCGGAGCCCCCAACUCCCACCAAUCGAGCCACGGAUCUGGGCUCAUCCCCUGAAGCCUGGCGGAGGGAUCGCGUUGGGACGCCCGGCUCCGACGCCGAUGGAAGAAGACGGCCUUCCGCGGAGAAUCCCCAGAUCGCGCAGCUCAGCCGGGAUAUAACGCAGGCCGAGUCCUGGAUCCGCGGGAAGCUCCGCAGCCUGAAGGACCGCUGUGACGCGGGGCCCCCCCAGGACUGGGAGCCGGGGCCGCACCCCAUACACUCGGAAAUCAAGGGCUUCGAGCCCACCGUAAUGAAACUCAACCAGAUUGGAGAACAUCUCUCGCGGAGCCAGACCCCUAGCACCGCGGCCCUGCGCGCCCAGCUCCAGUCACUCACCGGCCAAUGGCAGCUGCUGAAACAAACUGCAGCCAAUCAGAGCAACGCAAUGGGUGGAGCUAAGGUCCUGCAGGAAUUUAAUAAGAAGGCGGAUGAGCUGGAGAUAUGGAUGAGAGAGAAGGAAGAGAAGCCGUCGCUCCCGCUCCUUCUGGAUGAAAACCUGGACAAGAUGCGAUUAACGCGGCAAAUCCUGGACCUGAAGCAGGAACAGCUCCGUUACCGGAACCUCCAGGAGGACAUCAACAGUUUGGCCCAAAAGCUGGAGAAACAAGGAAGGGUGGAGAGCAGAGGACCGUCCACCCGGCGCAAGCAGCUCAACAAGAUGUGGCUCCGGCUCCAGGACUCGCUGGAGGAGCAUCAGAAAGGUCUGCAGCUGGCACUGGAGGCGGCAACGUUGUGGCAGCAAAUGGACACCAUCCUCAAAGCCAUGGACGAGAAGAGACAUUCUGUUGCUGUGAGGAAUGAAGGCGACUCCGAGGGACGCGGAGAUCAAGAGAUGAGAGACAUUGCCAGCCAAAUCCUGCUGCUGGAUAUCACCGUGUCCCAGAUUUCCGGACUCCAUUCUUCCCUGGCGUCCCGAGCGGCUCAGAAGCAGCGCCAGGUGAAAGAGAGCUGGGCCCAGCUCCAGCACGCACUCAGGCGAGACAAGUCGAUGAGACCGACCUCCGCAUUCACCAGAGAACCGAGUGACCCUGUGACCCCGAGCGCUGUGGGAAACCAGGCCACAGAGACGCCGGGAGACGGCAAGAAGAGAGCGGCAGCGAGCUCCCCGAAACCCAGGACUGGAGACGAGGUCAUCGCCUUACAUCAUAACGACCAGACGAGGAGGCAGACGUCGCUGGCGGACAGAGGGAGGCAGAUCGGAGGCUCCGAGUAUAAUGUGCCGAAUCGGCCCCUCUCUGAGAGCUCGGGGGUCAAUCAGCUGAUGAAAGAUUUGAGCUCCACCGAGCAGUGGCUGCAGGACCUUGAAGUCCUCCUUUCAGAGCCGGCAGCCAUGCGCAGCCCGGAGGUCAUCCGCAGGAACCUGCGCGAAGUGUCCAUCUUGGAAAGAGAGGUGAAAUCCCGUGGUCAGGUUCUGCAUGGGAUGGAUUCUAAAGCGAGACAACCAGGAGCCCCGGAGUGGAGGCUAAGUGAGGAGACGAGAGGGAAGAUGCAGGAGGUGAAGGAGAGAAUUCAGAUGGUCUUGGAUGCCCUGCGGAGACGGGCCUCUGACCUGAGGGACACGUUGGUACUUUCUGAAUUCAUGAAGAUCGUACAGAUGGAGGAGGAGAGGAGAAGCAGAGAGAUGUCUAGGAGCGGAGGAGCCGUCAGAGAGGGGCCCUGUGACCUGGGGACGGAGAGCCAACGCAGAGAGGUCUUCACCCCGCUGGAGGAGCUCCAGGAAGCUGUGGAGAUGCUGAAUGACGCAGCCAAGGAGCGGGAGAGGACAGUGGCCAUUACCAAAGAAACUGAGAACCUGGAGAUCAAGCUAUCGGAGCUGUCCCAGCGGAUCUGCGCCGCUCAGACCUGGCUGGAUGACAUACGGCGGCAGACGGAGGUCGCCGAGCGGGACUUCGCUCUGGUGAAGAGUCAGACAGACCUGAAAGACCUGCAGGAACUUUUCAUUCUUCAGCAGGAGCUCGAGGCCCACGUACUCGGCUCUCUCCGCCUGGACGUCAGGAGGCUGGAGGACCAGCAGCACCGCCUGCGCGACCUGUGCCCACAGAGGAGCCACGAAGUGGCCAGGAGUAUCAGGGAAGCCCUCCAGGCCUGGGCCCAGCUGCAGGAGAAGGUCCAGGAGACGAAAGCCCAACUGGAGAAGACAGAUGAGCUCCGCCGGUUCUUUCUGAGUUACCUGGAGAUGAUAUCGUGGACAGAAGACACGAGAGCGCAGAUCUUCUCGGAGAGCCCCUGCCAGCGACCGGCCGGGUCCCGCGGCGAGGAGCUGGAGAGGAGAAUCGAGGGGAAGCUGAAAGAGUUCGAGUCGCUGGCGAGUAUCGGGUGGAAGUUUAUCGGAGAGGAGCAUUUCCUCACGCAGACGAUAAAGGAGCGCAUGGAGGAGCUGCAGGGCAUGCUGAGCUGGGUGCUGAUGCGGUGGCGCUGUCAAAAGCAGCAGAGGAUCAUGGGAAACAAAAUGGAAAAAAAGAGGCCAAAGGAGGUCCUGGAGCCCCGCCACGAGCUCAAGGAUCUGCCCUCCGGGGAAGUUCACCAGGCGAGCGGCAUCCCAGCAGAGAGCGCAGACGGCGAGUCUCCCCGGCCCCGGGGGCCGACGCUCCGCCGGUACAGCAGGAAGGCUCACAGCCCCAUGUCGUUACACAGUGCCGGCAAUGAGGUGGACAUCCAGCAGGGGCCAGAGCCGCAGGAACAAAAGACUUUGGAGGGGCCCGUGUGGCUCCAACCCAAACAGAUGCCCCUGAGAGCUGAGCGAGGAGCGGAGGACGAAGCCUUCUGCGCGCCACCUCUCCCCAGACACCCCGCCACGUUUUGGAGACGCUGUCAGGGGCUGUUGGGGAGCACGUUCUCUAGCUUAACGAGAAAGAAAAGGGUCUCCUUCCCCGCCGCCGACGAGGUAAGCGCGUGUUUGCAUGUGAAGCCCCCGGGACAAAGCGCAUGCCACAGUCUGACCGCGCCACGGCCUUCUAAACAAUCCCGGGUCCUGGACCAGUACUCUCCGCAGUGCGCCCCGGUUACCGGGGACCCCACAAUCUCCUCCACCAAAAUCCGAUCCCACUUGCUUUUCAGCGGCCCCAACAGGAAGCAGAAGGCGCGUUGGCGCACCGUGCAAGGGAUCAUGGGAGCGAGUUCAGGCGAAGUUACCCGCCGUCCUGAGGAAGCCAGUCCGUACCAAACCCUCACCUGGCCACCAAAGCAGAAGAAGGUCCCAGCCGCGGGAGAAGGUCCGGCGUUCCCUCCGGCUAAAGAUAUCGACUCCCAAUGCGAGACGUUCGGGUCCGACGCCGUAAGAAAGCGCCUUCAUUUCGGAGUCUCUUCAAGCCGUAGACGCCUCACCUUGGGUUCUGUUUUGAGUCUUCAGAUCCAGGAAGAAGGUGGCUUUCUGGGCAAUGUGCAAGAGACAGCCACGGAGAGCGCUAAGGAAUCAGGUGAUGAGACCGUUCCCGUUAGUGUCUCUGACAACUCAAUGAACAACAGAGAGCCCCGUGAAAGCGGCCUGAUGUCCAGCACGGGCUCGGAUCCGUCGGCCGGCAGAAGCUGGAUAGAAGCUCUGAGUCGCAGCGCCGGUUACUGCAGGCUAAACCUACAUGGAUACGGCAGCUCGGCGGGCGGCCCGACGGCUCGCUGGCUGCCCGCUUCACACGAAGACCUCUUUAACUUUGAGAUAGACAGACUUUCACCCAUUGGUGUCCUUCACAAAGAUGAGGAGCCCGAAUGGGACAGACUGGAUGUCACAUCACGUUCAUCCCAGGACCAGGAUGGUUCCCAAGUUGCAGAAGAUACGGCGCGUGAGGACAGCUGCCCUCCGCCAGUCCUCGGCAGGCCAUGGCGUAAAGCUAGUCCUCCUGCCUUGCCUGAGGUUCUCCAUCCUGACCAGGACUUCCUGGAGCAUGAUGAUGAGGAGCUGGAGGGCAUAUGGAAUAACGCCAGAAGAGGCCACGUGGGGUUCCCUACGUUCACGUCUGAACCCAAACUCAUAAAAGCAGCAGAGCGGCCACGGCCGGCAAAGACUCCAGAAGUGGACAUUUCAAAAGCACCAGGUGGCCAGGUUCUUGCCCGCAUCAGCUCAAGUAGUCAAGGACUUAGUGAGGGACCAAGGCGCCUCGGAAUCCACCGAACCUGA